UGUCACAGCGGGUCACAGAGCAUCACAGAGGCACAACUUUGUUGUAGAAGACCUGCCCCGAACCUGCCUGUCCCAAACCUACCUAUCCCAUAUUCAGCUCACCCACGUAGUGCCGCAGUGGUUGCACAUUUGCUCUUCGUGGGCCGUCUGCAUGCCGGGCCGGUUUCGGGCGAUGGGGCCCGUCAGAACCCGUUUCGGGCGAUGGGGCCCGUGCGAUGGCGCGCUUGCAGCUGGUUGGAGAAGACGCAGACAAAGGAUUGGUAACGUGUGACAUUAAAUUUAAAACAUAAAGCAUGGCCUUCCGGUCGCAGACAGCCGCGCCUGCGAGCGGGCGCCUGGCGCAGAGCCUGCCCCUGUUGCUCUUUCUCAUAAUCCUUGGUGUGGGCAGCUACAUGGGGAGAGAGCAAAUUGAGAACGCCAUCGAAGCCUCAGGAACAUUCAUAGCUUCACAGUUUGGUGGCGGAAACAAAGCGGCGAUUGCAGCGGCAGGGGGAGCUGCCAAGGUGGAAGCGCCAAAGGCAAAGGUAGAAGCCCCGAAAGUCGAGGCGCCAAAAGUGGAGGCGCCAAAGGUGGAGGCGCCAAAAGUGGAGCCAGCCAAGACGGAGGCAGCAGCUCAGGUGGAGGUGACGGAGGAGGCCGCAAGAGGCGGCGCCACCACAACGCAGCCAAAGGUUAUCACUGAGAUUGACGACAAGGGACGCAAACUGCAGAUCCUGGACGUGCCCAUUCCCGAGGACUGCUACCCGUCCAAACACGCCGACUACGCUGGCGACGGCGUGGUCUGGGGCCUGGGCCACAAGCAGGCUUCAGCGGCAGAUUGCUGUGCGGCAUGCAAGGAACACCAAAAGAAGUUCGCGACGAACAAGCCCUGCAACGUUUGGGUCUGGUGCGGCGACCCGAGCGGCGUGUGCUGGACUAUGGACAUCCACAGUAAGCGGAGCUGCCACAUGUGCCAUGGGUGGUCACUAUACCACACCACGGGCGAUUGCUGGCUGAAGCACCAGGAGAAGUGGGACAACAACCCUGACCUCACCACGUCUAACCUGGAGAUCAACCACAAGGGGGCAUUUACAGCGGAGUUCCGUGCCGUGCACAAGACAUCUCCGGAGAUGGUGCCUUGGGUCGCUGGCUUGGUUCCCAUCAAGAAGCAAGCUACACGGCGCGUCUCCCGCCGUGCCGGCGUGUAAGCGGUUAAUCUCCAAGCAACACUCAACGUGCGGACGCCGAGUAUUGCAGGCGGGCAUUAGUGGCGUGCAUGAGUGCUGUAUGACAAAGAAUGUCUCUGGAGCUCUCCCCGUGUGCGGUUUCAUUGGUAGUAACUGUACAUGGGUGGCGUGUAAGGGUCGUUGGUGUCGGGGUCCUUGGUUCGCCUGGUGAGUGCGCCUUCAUAUCCACGGCGCCCACCUCUGACGGCGCCAGAACACACAGUAUCACAGCCGCACUCUCCCGGACUGCCCAACCGCGGCUUGGCGUCGCCCUCCUGCAGCGGCUGGUGCUUGUGUGCCAGGAAGGCCUCAGCAGUCUUGGGGUCCACCUCCGCGCUGGCGGCAAUCUGAUGGGCAGCAGUGAGACGCAGUCAAGGGGAAUGUGGAGGGCCCUUGUCCGCGGUGGGGUUGAGGUGGCUGGCGCGGUGUGCCGUCGGGUGGCCGACCGGCGAAGUUGACGCCAGACUGGACUGCGUGCGUAGCCUAUCCUCCCGGCCUAUCCCGGCGCCUAAGACAUGGCACGACCUGAAUCCGGAUAGGGACAUAGGGUCAGAUAGGGUUGUCCAUUGAAUGCAUAGGCGUACUGAGAUCCGCAGCUUUGUCAUAGAUUACAAUGAAGCCUCUUGUUGCGAGGGGACACGUUAUGCUCGGAAAGUAUUGCUAUGUCAUGGGUAGCCUCACA